AUGAAGCUCUCCACGCUCCUCUUCGCUGCCUGCCUGGUGUCGGCCCAGCUCAACAUCUCCAACGCACCCUUCAGCAAUAUCAACUUUGAGAACCUGCGCGGGGUAUUUAAUUUAGGCGAUCUCAAGCUCAGCGACCUGCAGGUCGGGGGCCUGAACCUGGGUAACCUCGACCUGACCGACCAAACCGUAGUUGCCGAGGCGAUUCUGGCCAUGCUGCGCAACUUUUGCUUGGGUAAUGUUCUGGAUCUGAAUGCGAUCCUGAACCUCAGUAUCGAUAAUGAGCUGGACCUGUUGUUCCAGCUCGCCCAGUUCGCGCAGCUCGGGCUCUUGGACCUGUUUGGGAUUCAGCAGCUUUUUAAUAGGGGCCAGGUAUUGAAUAGGUUCAACCUGGCCAGUUUGAGGCAGCAGUGCGAGCAGCUGCUCCUGUCCUCAACAGCCAUCACCGAGGAGACUGCUACCGCUACCGAGUCUGAGGCUGAGGAAACCGGUGCUGCUAGUGCUGAGAUUGAGACUGCUACCGAGACGGAGACGGGCAAAGACGAUCUCCGCAGCAGCAGCCCGCACAAUCUUUUUGUCAACUUCAUCUGCUACCUCCGUCGAAGUGACUACUACGAUAGUCUCCUCCGCAGCCGCAGCGAUCACGGCCGCACGGGGCGCCGCUAA